CCAACCAUCAUUCCGUCUACUUUUCAAGUUUCACUCACAAAACUUUUUCUCACAAUCCGAUCUAAAAUAUCCCCAAAUCCCUUUUGGGUUUUCUCAAACCCUAACAAAGCUGUCACCUUUCUUCAUUUUUCACCAAUGUUCACCCUAUAAAUCCACACCCUUUUCAAUCUUUCUUCUUCAUCUGCAACAAUGGGUGGCUGUUUCAGCAAGAAAAACCGUCACAACCCCAAUUCAAACGGCUACAGACCCUCAAAACACCAAGAAUACCAAUCAGUCUCUGAAAGUUACGAAAAACCCACAUCAAAUUACACCCAACAUCAUCAUCAACAGCAGCAGCCACGUCAGCAGCAGCCGCCACAAACCACCAGCCCAGCCCCACCACCACCACCACCAAACCCUAGACCAGUUCAUGUUCAGGUUCAGGGUUCAACCUCAGACACUAGUACAAUAUUGGGUAAGCCAUUUGAGGACAUAAGAAGGUAUUAUACACUUGGGAAAGAAUUGGGCAGGGGUCAGUUUGGUGUGACAUAUCUUUGUACGGAACAUUCAUCUGGUCAUGUGUAUGCUUGUAAGUCAAUCUUGAAAAGGAAACUGGCAAGUAAGAAUGAUAAAGAGGAUAUAAAAAGAGAGAUACAGAUUAUGCAGCAUUUGAGUGGGCAGCCGAAUAUUGUCGAGUUUAAAGGGGCUUAUGAGGAUCGGCAAUCGGUGCAUCUUGUGAUGGAGUUGUGUGCCGGUGGGGAGCUUUUCGAUAGGAUUAUAGCUCAGGGGCAUUAUACUGAAAAGGCUGCCGCUGCGAUUUGUCGGCAGAUUGUGAAUGUUGUUCAUGUUUGUCAUUUUAUGGGUGUGAUGCAUAGGGAUUUAAAGCCCGAGAAUUUCUUGCUUUCGAGUAAGGAUCAGAAUUCGAUGUUGAAAGCCACGGAUUUUGGGUUGUCCGUGUUUAUCGAAGAAGGGAAGGUGCUCCGCGACAUAGUUGGUAGUGCAUACUAUGUUGCUCCGGAAGUACUGAGGCGUAGCUACGGGAAGGAGAUAGAUAUUUGGAGUGCAGGGGUAAUGUUGUAUAUUCUAUUAAGCGGUGUGCCUCCAUUUUGGGCAGAGACUGAAAAGGGAAUAUUUGAUGCUAUACUAGAAGGGGAAAUUGACUUCGAAAGUGAACCGUGGCCCUCGAUAUCAAGGAGUGCAAAAGAUCUUGUUCGUAAAAUGUUGACACAAGAUCCAAGAAAAAGAAUUACUUCCGCCCAAGUUCUCGAGCAUCCAUGGCUUAGAGAAGGCGGAGAAGCGUUAGACAAACCGAUAGAUAGUGCUGUACUGUCCAGAAUGAAGCAAUUCAGAGCAAUGAAUAAGCUCAAGAAACUCGCUUUGAAAGUAAUUGCAGAAAGCAUGUCUGAAGAAGAAAUCAAAGGUCUUAAAGCGAUGUUUGUAAACAUGGAUACUGACAAAAGCGGUUCGAUCACUUAUGAGGAAUUGAAGACAGGACUAGCCAGACUCGGUUCCAAGCUUUCGGAAGCUGAAGUCAAACAACUCAUGGAAGCCGCUGACGUGGAUGGAAAUGGAACAAUCGACUACAUUGAGUUCAUAACCGCUACCAUGCACAGGCACAGGCUUGAAAGAGAUGAGCAUUUAUACAAAGCCUUCUGUCACUUCGAUACUGAUAACAGCGGAUAUAUCACCAUGGAUGAACUCGAAACGGCCAUGAAGCAAUAUGGCAUGGGCGACGAAUCUACUAUCAAAGAUAUCAUUUCUGAAGUAGAUACCGAUAAUGAUGGAAGAAUCAACUAUGAGGAGUUCUGCAACAUGAUGAGAAGUGGACCCACACAUCAAGCCAAGCUUUUCUGAUGUUUUUCAUAUUAUGUAGAUGAGGCUUUUGCUGGUUUUUUUUUUUUCGAUCAACGAGCUUUGUUUGUUUGUUGUUACUAUGAUUAUAGAUACAUAUGUUUGUUGAACAUGAUUGUGAUAUA